AUGGAUAAGAUCAAGGAGAGAAUGAACACCCUCCGUCUGGAGGCCGAAGACGCCCAGGAGAAGGUCGAGGAGCUCAAGGCCAAGGUUAGAACGCUGGAGCAGGAGAACUUGGCCAAGGAGCAGGAAAUCACAUCCCUCAACCACCGGAACCAACUCCUGGAGGGUGAGGUUGAGAAGAUGGAGACUACGCUCAAGGAGGCCAAGGAUGCCGCCAACCAGAGCGCUCAGCAUGACACUCAGAACGAGGCUUUGCAGAGACGCCUGCAGAUCUUGGAAGAGGAGGCUGAGGAGGCUGACCGGAAUUUGCGGGAGACAAAUGAAAAGCUCCGCCAAACCGAUGUCAAGGCUGGUCACUACGAACGCAAGGUGCAGGCGCUCGAGGCUUCUCGUGACCAGUGGGAGAGCAAGUAUGAGGAGAUGGCGAAGAAGCAUGCCGAAUUGCAGAAGGACCUGCACGACCUCGAGGUCUCCAUCAGCAACGUCUAA